UUCAGUCUGCUGCUGCUGGAGGGGGGCGACACGCUCUCACUCACUAUCUGGAAGAGUGCUGCUUGUUUCAAGAGGGAGAAGGGGGGGAGAAUACUGGGAAUACUCCAGCCAGGACAGGAGAGCCAAUCCCCGCGCUGAUAUGCUGCCACGCUCCGCAGGGGAAACUGAGCUCCGGGGAGUUUGACUGGAUCUCCGUGCACCUGCUCCAUGCACACUGACUAUGUGGAGGAGCUGACGUGUGCUAUGGCCAUCUUGGACCUGCAAGUUCUUAUACCACCAGCUCUGCAUUACUUUUCCCUCCCAACCACACGGCUCGUCCCCGGGAUCUGACCACAACCUCUCUCCCCCUCUUCCCUUCCUCCCUCUCCCUUGGCAUCCCUCAUUCCUGGGCACACCAUGGGAGGAUGCUUCUCCAAACCCAAACCAGUUGAAGUGAAAGUGGAACUAUCGCUCCUGGAAAAAGAGAGAGAGGUGGACGGCCUGUCACCCAAUGGCAAAGCGAGUCCCUUUGCUGACUGCAGACCUAAUGGUGCCCUCGCACAUGGCUCCGAUGACAACUCCACCCUGCUCCCGCUGAACCACAAACCAAGGGAUUAUGUGGAGGCUUCUGUGUGUCAUAUUAAAGACCUGGAAAAUGGACAGAUGCGAGAGGUUGACUUGGGAAGCGGCAGAGCUUUACUCAUCAAAGAACACGGGGAGUUUUUCGCCAUGGCCCACAAGUGUCCCCACUACGGAGCGCCAUUGGUCAAAGGCGUGCUGUCAAAAGGACAUGUGCGCUGUCCCUGGCACGGUGCCUGUUUCAAUGUUGCGACAGGAGACAUCGAGGAUUUUCCCGGUUUAGACAGUCUGCCUACGUUCCAGGUCAGAAUUGAAAAGGACAAAGUGAUCAUUCGCGCAAACAAACAGGCUCUUCAGUCACAGAAAAGAUCAAAACCCAUGGCGCGGUGCUCAGCUGUCAUUAACUCCAGCACAGGCUUUAGCCAUGUUCUCAUCAUUGGCUCAGGUCCAGCAGGCCUGGUGUGUGCAGAGACACUGAGGCAAGAGGGCUUCACGGAUCGAAUUGUCAUGUGCACCAUGGAUAGACAUCCUCCAUACGACAGACCCAAACUGAGUAAGUCCUUAGAAAGCACAGCUGAGCAGCUGAGACUGCGAUCCAUUGACUUCCUCCAGGACCAUGACAUUGAACUGCUCACAGAGAAAGAGGUAGUAGCAGUAGAUGUGAAGACUCGAACCGUGACCUUUGAAGAUGGCUUGAAAAUGGAGUACAGGAGGCUCUUUAUCGCCACGGGAAGCAAACCAAAGCCAAUGAACUACAAUGGUAAUGAGGUCAAGAACGUGUUCCACCUCCGGACGCCCGAGGAUGCGAACAGCAUAGCUCGGCUAGCCAACAACAAGACCGCUGUGAUUGUGGGGUCGUCGUUUGUUGGUAUGGAGGUGGCUGCAGCUCUGACUGACAAGGCCCACUCAGUCUCUGUCAUCGGGAUCGAGCCCGUUCCCUUUAAAAAAGCUCUCGGGGAGAAAGUAGGGAAAGCCAUAAUGAAGCUGUUUGAGGUGAACAGGGUGAAGUUUUACAUGCUGAAUGAAGUCUCAGAGAUGAUUGGCCAUCAUGGACAGCUGAAAGAGGUUGUGCUGAAGAGUGGGAAGGUCCUGCGGGCCGACGUUUGUGUUAUUGGAGCAGGAAGCAUUCCCGGAACAGGAUUUUUGAAACAGAGCGGCAUCCACUUGGACUCCAAGGGCUUCAUCACAGUGAACAAGAUGAUGCAGACAAAUAUUGAUGGGGUCUUUGCCGGAGGAGAUGUGGUGAUGUUUCCCUUUCCAAUGCGCAACAACAAGAAGGUGAACAUCCCUCACUGGCAGAUGGCUCAUGUACACGGCAGGGUGGCAGCUCUCAGCAUGAUGGGCAGAGCCACUGAGAUCAAAACUGUGCCUUACUUCUGGUCAGCCAUGUUUGGGAAGACCAUUCGCUAUGCAGGUUAUGGUGAUGGAUUUGAUGAUGUCAUUAUACAAGGAGAUCUGGAUGAACUGCGAUUCGUAGCAUUUUAUACCAGGGGUGAGGAGGUGGUUGCCGUUGCCAGCAUGAACUAUGAUCCCAUUGUGUCCCGAGUGGCUGAGGUCUUAGGAUCCGGCAAGACGAUCAAGAAGCGAGAUGUGGAGAUGUUAGCACGGCUCGGCAAGACUGGAGACAUUUCUUGGUUGAUUGACAAAGGCUCUCACUGACGUCACUUGUGAAGUUUUUGGAGUUUUUGGAGCAGUCCAAAGUCCACUGGACACCCCAAUAUGGACACUUUUGGUGCUGAGACAAUGAGCAGCUAUAUCCUAUCCACACACACUCUGGGUACAUGAGUGUUUGAGAGACACUUAACCUGAGCUACUUUAAUGUGACAAACGGAGCCAUGCACGGUGUGAACACACUGAAUCACUGUGUCGGCAAGCGUUUUACUGAUGAUGUUUCAGAAUAUAGCAAUACUGGAUUCAGCCGCCGUACUGCUGCAAGAUGUAUCUACCUGUAUACUUUUGUUAAUACAAAGCCAGGGAUGGGGAUUGGUGUUUUUUGUUUUGUACAAAUAACAUUGUAUAUAAUUAUAAUUCUGAAUGCAUUGUUACAAAGUAAGAGCAUACGAUUUGAACUGAAUAACAAACUUGACUGUAUGCUUACACACAGAUGUAAAUCUGCAUGUAACCUACCAUGAUAGGAGUUAAAAAUUAAGCCCCAAACCAGAGGAAUCUCAAUGUAGAUGCAUCAAAAAAGAAAAUAAAUGCAGUGCUUUAAUCUGCAACAAAGUAAACUCACUUCAACAGAACCUAACCUAACUCACUACUAGCACAUGAACGCAUGCAGCUUUAAUUUGUGACUAAUUAUUUGAACUUCAGCAUACCUCUUUGUAUUGGCUACCUUGCUAGUAGAGUGCAUAAAUUAAAUGAUAAUCAUACUUUUAAUAAUACUAAUUAUAUACGCUAGUGCUUGCACAGUAGAUGUAGAUCAUGUAUUUUCUAACAAAGAGCUAUAACUUCUCUAGAUGAAUGCCAUAGUAGCUUCAGGUUAUUUUUGAUAGUUGCCACUUCCAUAGGGUCAUUGUUUGUUACUAACUCAGGGAACUGAGAUUUGUGGCCUGGGCCUCCAGUUACUGUAAUUUCCCUGGUUCUCUCAUAUUCAUUUAAAAAUGCUCGCCAUGUGCUCUGAGGUUGAUUAAGUCCUCAUAUACGGAAGAUUUCUGCCUAUUUCGGCCCCCAACAUAAUAUUGCGAUUUAAAAAGCGGAGAAACUCAG